CAUCGAAUACAAGGCCGCUUCCGAUUGGCCCGCGGCAGCCCUGUUUUUUCCGAAGGUGGACUCCCUCAGAGAGUCGGGACGCCUGGUGGGAGCGAAAAAAGAAUCCAGCUACCAAACGGCACCAUGCGCCAGGAGGAACCUCCGCGAGGCACUUUGAGCUCAAAGUACACCCGACUAUGACUGCGCCCGACCGCCUCGGAGCCGCCACCGCACGUCCCCCGCUCGUCCUCCUGACCUAACUCCCAUGGAGAACCGUCGCCGGCCGCGCGUGAUGACGCUUCACAACUCCUCAGAUGGAUUAAGGAGUCAAGAAGAAAUGGAGGUGUGAUUUCCACUUGGACGACCAUAUUAUUCUUUCUUGCAUCCCGCUGGAGCUGUGCUAUUUUUCGAUGUGGGCGUUCACGGACAUCAGGAUUUUAAGUGAAGUUCAAUGAUGGCAUCACGUUGGGUUAAUUCUUUUGAUGAUGAUGAGCGACAACAGGCAAGAUCUUCUUUCUGUGAGAAUGACUGUCCAGAGUGGAGAAGCUUCGCAGACUCUCCAGCAGCGCAAAACCCAACCGAGGAGGAGCCAUUCUCAUGGCCGAGACCUAAAACCGUGCGUUUACGUCGCACUUCCCAUGGUUUCGGCUUCACCCUGCGGCACUUCAUUGUUUACCCACCGGAGUCGACCACACACUUCUUCCCGGAGGAAGAUUAUGGCAGUAGAGGGAGGCCGCGGAAUAGGCUCGAACCGAUGGACACCAUUUUCGUUAAGCAAGUUAAGGAAGGUGGCCCUGCUCAUGGAGCUGGGCUUUGUACAGGUGACCGCCUAGUGAAGGUGAAUGGAGCAAGCAUCAUUGGGAAAGCCUAUUGUGAGGUUAUAACCUUGAUCCAAGACAGUGGUGACUUUCUUGAACUUUGUGUGAUGCCAAAAGAUGAAGAUAUACUACAGCUUGCCUACUCCCAGGAUGCCUACCUCCGUGGCCAAAGCAGCUAUAGCGGAAAUGCCUGUCACAUUCCUGAACCACCCACAGUAUGCUACCCUAGAGUAGACUGUAAGCCUACGGGCAUGGCCCAGGCGACAGACUCAGUGGGGCAGGUCUGCCGAGUGCCAGUGCCUCCUGACCAUGGAUACCGCAAGGAGGUCACCGUGCCCCCAUCUCCUCCUCCAAAAUCAUAUCCAAAAAGUCAGAUGGCAGUUUGCAUGCGCAAUGAUAGCGUGAGGACUGUGGUGGUUCCUCCUGAUCCAGCUCACAUGGGGUGCAAGGGUCCAGCUCACAGGAUAGAUUACAUGGACCCUGUCUUUGUCAGGGGGAGGCCUGGGUCACUGGCCCAGUAUCCUCACCCCCGAAAGGUGGAUGUCUACCCCAGUGGUCCAGGAAUGGUUCCAUAUGGUGGUCAGGCAACUCACUUCCCAGGCAACCAUCAAAACAUUGAUUGGCGCACUUACCAGACAUACAGGGAGUACAUUGACAACAAAGGAAUCCAUUCCCAUGCUAGUCGGACUAUCCAGGAGAGGCUGGACAAUUUGCGAUCUACCAGCCAGACCACCUUUGGUGCUACUCAUCACAUUCCCCGGGGAGAAUGGGGCCAUAAGGGGAUACGACGGAGGAGUACCUCCCAUGAACGGUCCUACCAAGGACCUCCACCCCACUUUCAGAUUGCCCCACGCAGUGCCUCACAGGAUCGCAUGAGCUGCGCAGAGAGGAUGGGAAAUGCCAGGAAUUGGCCCCCUCGAAGCGUAUCCCAAGAUGGCCUUGUGCACAAAGCCCGGGCACACUCCACAGACUAUGUUGACCCUGCAGAGCUGGUUCGAGUCAGUGAGAGAAGAGGAGGGUAUGGAAGAGCGGACCAAGGUACGAGGCCCAGCAGACAGUCUAUCCCUAGACAUGCAAUGAACCACAGGCCUUCAGUUGGAUACAACAGUGGCAUGAGGGGGGCACCUAACCCUUCUCUUUACUCCAAAGGACCAGACUCUCAUCAGAACCGCUCCUCACCCAUGCUCUCAGACAGACACUCACAUUUUCAAAAGAGCACAAGUGCUGAACAUUCUUUUGCUGAACAACGAGUUUUAGUCAAAGGAAACCAUUCAGGCCACACAACCCAACAAGGCCACAGCAGGAUGCGGGCUGAAUCCCAACAGCCUGUUGAGGUAUGCAGAGAUGUAGCAUUGGUAGGACACAGGUCUUCUUCAUGCUCCACCCCAAAACAGAUGCCUCAGAGGCCUAGCAUCCUCAAACCUCCACACCCAGACUCCCACGGGCAGGUCAAUGGGCGAAGCCCAGCGGAGACCGGGGUGGUUCUAAGGGAGAAGCCCCCCUCUGGAAAGAACCCCAGUCCUCUGCGGCACCCUUCCUACAUCCUGGCUGUAAAUGACGAUGGGGCAGAUUCCACAGCAGAUGUGGUGGCAUGCUGGCUUCCCAACGAUGCACGUCGAGAAAUACACAUUCGCCGCCUCGGGGAGCAACGUCACACCUCCUGUUCCAGCAACCUGGACGAGUCUCUGGACUCCAUUCCAUUCAUUGAUGAGCCAGUCAGCCCCAGUGUCGACCGAGAGGCCACUCCUAUUCCACCCUCCGCUGUGAUAUCUGUUGCACCCUCCAUAACUACAGGUCCCUCCAGUCCGGGCUCGCCUUGCCCUACAAUUCGACGUCAGCUAUCACAUGACCAAGAGUCCUUGAGAAGUGCUUUGCUGGAGUCAGAAACAGCCAGCAAAACGGAGCGUUCCAAAUCAUACGAUGAGGGUCUAGAUAACUAUCAAGAGGAGGGUAGAGGGAGAUCUUCCAGUAAGCACAUGCCCAGUCUCCGGGGCUUGAGAAAGGCUCUGGAUGGACAUAAAUCAUCUGGGGAUUCUUGCUCUCGAAGGGAUUCCUCAUCAGAUAUCUUUGCUAAUUCGUCCAAAGAAGGGUUGCUUAACUUUAGGCAGUUUAGUACAGACAAAAAUAAGCGUGUUGGUGGAGGAAUGAGAUCAUGGAAGCAGAUGUAUGCUGUUUUACAAGGUCACACCCUGACCCUCUACAAAGACAGGAAGGAUGCACUCUCACAUGCCUCGGCACAAUCUGACGAAGACCCAAUAGGAAUCAGCAUCAAGGCCUGUCUGAUUGACAUCUCCUAUAGCGAUACAAGGCGUAAGAAUGUGCUGCGACUAACCACCUCAGACUGCGAGUACUUGUUCCAGGCAGAAGGGAGGGAGCACAUGCUGUCCUGGAUCAGAGUCAUUCAGGAAAACAGUAACCCAGAUGAAGAGAAUGCUGCUGUAACAAGCCAGGACUUGAUCAGUCGAAAGAUCAAAGAAUACAACAUGAUGAGUGCGCCCACCAGCAGGUCUGAACCUUCCCCCAAAACCUCCCGCCAGUCCCUUAGCAUCAAACAAGCCUUCAUGGGCGGUAAAGCAGACGGCAAGAUCCACAGCCCCCAUUCACCCAAAACAGGAGAGGAGCGGAGGGCGCUGAAAGAUGACUCCAGUCCACCGAGGGACAGAGCUGCUUGGAAAAUUGGUAUUGCUGGAAUCAUGCGGAAGCCCUUUGAAAAAAAGACUCCUGCUGGGGUCACAUUCGGUGUGCGUCUUGAUGACUGUCCACCUGCACAGAGCAACAGGUUUGUCCCUCUAAUCGUGGAGGUGUGCUGCAACGUGGUGGAGGAGCGAGGUCUGGAGUAUACAGGAAUCUACAGGGUCCCUGGGAACAACGCUGCCAUCUCCAGCAUGCAGGAGGAGCUCAACAGCAAAGGCAUGAAUGACAUCGACAUCCAGGAAGAUAAAUGGCGGGACCUUAAUGUCAUCAGUAGUUUACUGAAGUCCUUUUUCCGAAAACUCCCAGAACCUCUGUUUACAAAUGAGAAGUAUGCUGAUUUUAUUGAAGCCAACAGAACAGAAGACUCGGUUGAGAGAUUAAAGGAGCUCAAGAGGCUGAUCCAGGAAUUACCCGAUCAUCACUAUGAAACUCUGAGAUUCCUCUGUGCUCACCUCAAGAAGGUUUCUGACAACUGUGAAAAGAACAAGAUGGAGCCUCGUAACCUGGCCAUAGUGUUUGGUCCAACGCUGGUCAGAACCUCUGAGGACAACAUGACCAACAUGGUCAACCACAUGCCGGACCAGUGCAAGAUAGUGGAGAACCUCAUCCAGCAAAAUGACUGGUUCUUCAUUGACGACGGUGACGAGGAUCCUGUUGUAUGUACCACAGCUGAGCAGGAGAGCACGGUGCAGUCUCAGCCUGUGCCCAACAUCGACCACCUGCUCUCCAACAUUGGACGAACCGCACCGUCACCGGGCGAGGUCUCAGAUUCAGCAUGUAGUGAUUCCUCCAAAGCAAAGCAGGGCUUGUGGGGGUCAGGAAAGGAUCAGUGUAGCAAAGAGAUGCUGCGCUCAUCCUUAUUUGCCAGCCGUAAACGUAAGAAGCCCAAGGACAAAAUUCAUCCCAGCAGUUCAGACGACGACCUGGAUGGUGUGUUCUCCAAGAAGGAGCUUCCGGAGGAGGGCCAGCAGCAGGCUCUUUGGUCCCCAGACCGCCGGACCAAAGUGGAGGGGGAGACGGAGGAAACCAGCGAGAACGAGAAGCACAGAACCGACUCAGAGGAACAGCUGGACAAAACCAACAGGAAAGAGUCUCUCUCCAGCAGCCUGAUGUCAGAACCCUCUCCCUCACUGCCCCCAGAACAUAUUUCCUCCACCAUUCAGACUGCCUCCCCCUACGCCUCGCCGUCUCAUUCCCCGAACCUCAGCUACCGCAUGCCGAUGGCCCACCAGUCCUCUCUGUCAGACCUGCCCUCCAACUACGACGACACCGUGUCCGACCUCGGUACGAUGAACAGCACCAGCUCCCAAGCGUCGUUUCCCAGAGCGAGGCGCGGCCGGACCGUGGCACUGGGGCCAGAAGCAGGACCCAACGGGCUGGGAGCAGAGGUCUGCUCCAUCACAUCCGACUACUCCACCACCUCCUCCAUGACGUUCCUGACCGGAGCCGAGCUCAGCACCCUCAGUCCUGAAGUGCAGUCUGUGGCCGAAAGCCGGGGCGGAGAUGACGCAGACGACGAGAGGAGUGAGCUCAUCAGCGAGGGUAGACCAAUGGAGACGGACAGCGAGAGCGACCUGUCUGUGUUUACCGUCGGGAAAACCGAUCAGAGAGAGCUCCAAGAAGCUCCUCGACCUCUCCCCUCUCACAGACUCAUCGAAUGUGAUACUCUCUCCAGAAAGAAAGCCGCCAAACAGAAAACCGACAGCGAGUCGUCGCUUGAAGCAGCUCGGAGCGAUAAAGAUUCCAACAGACUGUCCUGUGUUGUGGGGUCAGUUAAAGGCUGUUCAACCGGCAGCCUCAGCUCCUCGUCUCGUAGUGAGCUGGAUAAGACGGAGCCCGCAUGGAAGCUGAAGAUCACGGACCGACUGAAGGUGCGCCUGCGAACGUCUGUGGACGACAUGUUUGGCGUGGGCAGCCAGAGGAGCCGGUCUCCGGAGGGACGCAGUAAGAAGAAGAACAUCCGACGCAGACACACCAUGGGCGGCCAGAGGGACUUUGCAGAGCUGUCCGUUUUGGGAGACUGGCCGCAGCAUAUUGGAAUCGGUUCAGGCUCCCGGUCGGAACUGUCAGCCGUGGACCGGCUUAAGCCCAAGUGCAGCUCUCAAGACUUCUCCAUCGGGGACUGGAUCGCCCGAGAGCGCCACCGCACCAGCAAUCCCGAGGUCAGCCUGGACUUCCUUGAACAGCAGGGGGCGCUGUGCAGCGCGCACUCUCAAAACCUCAGAGCCUCCUCGUCCUCUGAGCUCCCACAUCGUCCGGCUGAAGCGGUGAACGGGGACGUCCCCCAGAGUAAGAAUCUGAGCCUUUCGGCCACGGCGCACCCGCACAAACUCACCAGUUCGCAGGUGGUUCACUCACGAUUCUAUCAGUACCUGUGACGUGUGGAUGUUCUUUGUCUGUGAGACGUGUCCUUAACUUGGGAGUCUGUCAGUAGUAAUGUCUGUGUGACCAAUGUUAGUGAAUGAGCAUGUUGUACAAAAAAACCGUCUGGAGUGUGUGUAAGUGAUGCGUGUGCUUGUGAAAAGAGAAUUACUGUACACAGGGAUCGAUCACAUAUAUAAGGCAUGGAACUAAAUAUUGUUUAUACCUUUUUAAUUUUUUUUUUUUUUUUUAAAUGACAAAUGACUUUGGGAUUGGUCAGCAGGAGGAUUUCCUCCCUCCUCAUCCAAAUUCCUGUUAUGCUGAAGAUUGACAGGACCUGUUGCUCAUGAAACAAAAGUAUGUGCAAGUGAGUGUGAGCCCCCGGAGUUAAGAUUGUUUUAAAGGUUUAGCUAAGUGGCUUUAAGGAUGAACUGACCUCUAGGAUGAAUAGGACUAAGUGGGGGGGGGAAGAGAGUAAAGAUUUUUAGUAUUGCAGAGGAACUAUUUUUGUGAAAAGAAAGUUAUGGUGUUCAAAGUCAGUGAGUCUUUCGGUAACCAAAUGAAGAAUGUACAGACAUGCUUGCUGUAACACUGACUAAAAGCUUUAGAUGCUCGUGUUUCACUCUAAAGUGUACAUAUCCUUAUUUUUGUGUGUACUUGAUUUGUUUUUGGUACAGCCUGUGUGUGGACUGCUUACAAGCUCUCUGCUGUCAACAGGGCCUUUCCAAAGGUACAAAGGCGACAAGGAGACACUGGAGUUAUGCAAACUGGAACCAGUCAUUGUUCGUCCCGGCAAUGCAGUUUAAAGGAGCAGUGAACAACAUCCCUCCAAUGCGAAUGUCACGCUGUGUUUCAGUGUUUGUGGUUCACACAUCCCAGUCAGUGGUUUGCAAAGAGGAAGAAAAAGAAUAUGGGUAAUGAAAUCUGAAAAAAGUCAAAUGUUUCUUCACAAUAGGAAGUGCCUCACAAUCAAAUGUUAAGGGUGCCAUAUUGUCUUUGUUGAGAAACACGAAGAUUUUACUGUGAAUGACGUUUUUAUUGUCGACUGUCAUUCUACAGGUAAUGGAACAAAAUGCCGAGCUUCCAUUCCUUAGGCAUUCCACUCUGGUCUUAACAUGUUUUAUACUUUUCUUUUCCUCCUCCUGUUUUUUCUUCUUUCUUUUUUUGAUUUUAACAGAACUUGAAUUUUAGAUAUUCCUUGUAAAAUAGGUAACUUAAAUGUACAUAUUAAUGCCAUGUUUUAGCUGCUUUACUUGACAUUUCCAUCAGAUUGCAGGAUUGAGUACAGUAUUGUGAGAUGAUGCUCAUGGGGCCUGUGUGGGGGUUGUGGGCAGUGUGGUACUCCUCUGCGGAGAGAGGUCCCUGUGGGAGGAAACAUCUGAUCGAGCGGGACCAUUUGUACCAAUGCUGUGUUCCUCUGACGUAGAGGGGUGUGAGUCCUGAAACACUGGAAAUAAAUUUUGUCAAUGGCAAAAAUUC